UUUCCUAAACUACAUAAUGUGCCUCUCCGGUUACUUCCGCCUUUAGUUCAAAAAUAGAGGCACAUAUACAAUAGUCACUAUGUUAAACUGGACUCACAAUUCUUCUCAGAGUUAUACCAGAGAUAAGUUAUCGUCAUGGCUGGACUGAAGAGAAUAUUUACUUGGCCAGUGGGUAUUUGGCAAGGACUUCCCCUAAGAAAUCUCUUAUUUAUGUACAUUGUCGGUGUAAGUGUUUGUUCAAGCGUAGAAUCAAUUCCUUUGCAUAAAGCUCAGCAAAGAAACGAUGCCGUUUUAACGGACAGAAAUGACAGUAUGCCUCUAUACCUUGGAGAUAACGGCAUCUCACAGCCUGUGUGUAACUUGACGGCGAACCCUAGCGAUGCGAAAGAAUUUCUACGCAGACUUUUGUCUAAGCAAGCUAAUUUCGCUUAUUUUCGCCUUGCAUUCCCACAGAAUAUCUCCUUGAAAGUUCGAGACGAUGUUUUCCUUCCCUUUAUAUGGGUGUGGACAACAACAACAAGAUAUGGAGCCAUGCCUUACCUACAGUUUGAUUACGACGCAGGCAAACUCUCAUUUGGCCUCUUGGACUUUUACACCCUGCGUGAUGUUUACAUCCGCUUUGACGCUGAACCCGAAAAUUGCUCAUUGGAGUUGGGUGGACGACACGCCACGUAUGCAGUUGGUACAGCCUUAGGCAACAUGACUUUAAAGUAUCUUCAUGGAAUCCACGAAAAAAAUUACAGCGUAUUUUGUCAAAUUGUGAAGUUGGACCCCAACGCAGAUAACAAGUGGCUUUUUGAUUUCAGUACAUAUUUUGGGUACUGGAAAGACCCCACAGGCUACUCCUGCUGCAGUUUUUACCGCGAUAAAAAAUUAUCCCAGUUAAAACUCACGUGUGGACGACGCACAAUAAAAGUUUCCGAUUGGUCGUCAUUUUUUUACUUCAUAGCAGUGAUUUGCUUCAUGUAUCUCUGUAUACCGCUGUCAUUGUUAUUCGACUAUGGCUUCGGAGGAACAAUUGUCUCACUCGAUAGUCCUGAAGUUCUGGCUUCCAGUGAAACAACUGCCACUGUUGAUGAUGAGACCCCGCUACUGAGGGGCACAAGAAGUGUCUGGGGUCACCUAUCACAGACGGAUCCCUCCGACGACGACUGGUUCUACCUUGGCCUGGAUAAACCGAUAACUUUAAUAUCCAUGAUUGGUACCCCAUUCAAAUGCAUCGGUAAGAGAUUUCCGCUUCUUAUUUCGAGGAUGGCUAGGUUCUUCCUCUUUGCAGUGAUUAUUCCUCUACCCGUCUAUGUCAAAGUCAUGUACUACAGACUGAUAUUUCGCUUUUCUAUUACUGAAAGGAUGAAAGUGGGAAUACCUGUCGGUUUCCUGAGCAUGCCUUACGGAAUCUCCGGCAGUGCUGCAAACUGGCUUACCAUAUUUGGAGGCCCAAUCGUUGUAUUUGGAGUAUACCUCACCAUUGGACAGAUUUGUAUAUGUGCGCCUAAAAAUAUCUCAACGUGUUUCAUUUCCGUGUUUGAACGAGAAAAUGGAUGCAAGAAUACACUGUUGUCAAUGGAUUUGUCGACAAUAGAACUCUUUGGAUCGGUUAAAAUGGAUAACAAGAGUGUUCACAGUACGCUUCGUCAUCUUUUGCAAGGAAAUGUGUUCACUUUGCUGAAUCCGUCGUUUUGGAAAUUUGCAUUUCGAUUCUGCAACGAUCGAUUUAGGAGAUGGUUCUGUUCAGAAAUUCACUUUUGCGCCGUCACAUAUAUAUCUGUGUUCUUUUAUAUUAUGCUAUGUAUUGCUGAGAUAACUCUGUGUAUCGUCUACUACGGCUUUCCCACUGUAUUCUGUUGUAUCAACUUCACUAGAGCUUAUUUAAAACACUUCGCUUCCAGAGGCAAGCGUAGAGUUUUAAUGUAUCCACUUAUUAUUUUCUCUUUGCUUUUCACAUAUUAUUCCUUCUUCUUGAUCUUUGUUAGGGGAAUGCUCUUCAUUUUGUUGGUCAUUGACUACACAUACAUAGGCGUUAUCAUUUACCCAACUCUCGCCUUGGGAUUCGUAAUUGCGACCGGUACAAUGCUUUUAUAUCUCGGAAGUAGCUCCCAAAAGUUCAGCGACUCAUACUUAAUAAUACUUCACGAAAUAGUCAAAAUUAACUUGACCCUCAAGAACACAUCUGAAGAAAGUGACGUCGCUAGCAUUAGAGAUGAGGUUUUGAUUUUGAAACAUUUAAAUGCUAGAACAGUCAAAGAGCUCGAGAUUGGUGGAAUAUCAAUUCCUCUAACCCAGCAACAGCGUCAAAUAUUAAAACUGACCCAACCCGCCUACGGCUCUAAAGCGGCUUCCUCUGGAAUAACUUCCAAAUUAAUUCGGUGGCGGGGCCCAUACCCCGGAAUCCCCAGAGAGCUGUUUUUCUACGUCGUGGAGAAACACCGACCUCUGCGCCGAGCCAUCUUCGUCUUUCUAGUAGAGUUAACGGCCUUUACAGUGGUCGUGACGUCAAUAGUGAAGUUGAUUAUCGCCUUCAACCGUUUGAGUAGUUUUACACUGCCGGCCCAGGUGGUCACGGCAAUUGUUCUGACCAUUUUACCAAAGCUGAAUGCAUUCUUCACCACACAAAUGGAAAGAAACAUAGAAAAAGAAAUCACGAUAAACAAAAUCAAGAUUACAGUGGACAACUUCUACUCACAAAGAGAGAAUGCUUGGCAAGAACAAAGCAGAAGAUAUUUAAUACCAGUUGUCUAAGUUUUAAGAUAGACAAUGGGGAAGCAAGAUUACUUAUUCGGCAGUUUUGUGACCCCCUCAUUCUGACUAAUGACCACUGCAACGCUCGUGUAUAUUAUUGUCCUCCCAGGGCAAGCUAAGUCCUUGUCAUGUUCGAAUAUCUUACCAGUGAGUGUCGUUUACUGUAUUCUUGUAAUGAUAAGCAUAGGUAAUGUGCCAUUUCAGUUAUGAUGUAACAUCACUUAUGUUGCUGUUACUCAGGUAAUUGUCAUAAUCGAUAUAGUGUUGUAUUAAUGGUAGAUUCAAUUAUCUAAAUGAUAUGUGUAAUGUACAUAAAGUUGUUGUGUUUGAUUCUUGUGUACAUGUGAGCUGAUCUAUACUUUGCACAUGACACCGUUAAUGGUGAGUUAAUUGUCCAGAUGUAUAGACGAUGACAUGUACCUCUACAAUCCCAUUCUGGGUUAUUUGUUCAUUUUUCAAUAUUCAUUUCCUUGUUAGACACGUACGUAUGCUAUGCUCGCCAUUAAGUAUAAUAAGUAUGUAACACAAUACCUUCUAUACUUAAAUCAGAGUUAAUACGAUACAUACAUUUUAUUUGACUUCAUUCCUGUUAACUGUUCAUUUAUGCAUACGAGGAAAUAUGUUGGUCCACGCUGUAUAAUAGCUGUAUUGUGCGAACUACUGUAAUAGCUGUUCAUUUAAAGGGAGAUGACUCACAUACCGUAUAAUCUUACAGUAUAGAGCAUUGCUUGCUGAUAUAUUUUUUGUAUGCUUUCCAUUGUCAGGGUGUUAAUCUGUACCAUAGACUGUUACCUUAAUAAAUGGACUAAACCAACAUCAACUGGACUCGUUCUUCUUCCUACAGUCUCAUCCACAACAUGACAAAGAUUUUAUAUCUAUGUACCACCCUCCUGACCCCCUUUUGUCAUACUUUUUUUUUAAUUUUCUUGCUCCACAGAUGUCUCACUUGUACUUUAUGUUCAGUCUGUCUUUUAUAAUGUUUCCUUCAGUGUAAUAUUGCUUGCAUGUACUUGCAUUCAUUUAUCCAGCGCUUAUA